UUGUCAGGCCACUCGCCGCCGAGUAGCGUAGAUUAGAAUUCAGCCACAGUGCGCGCCACACCGCCGUCAGACGAGGUUGUUACGCGUUCGCGGACGAAAACCCGUAUUACAUGUGCGUACUAUUACGUAUUUACAAACGUAUAUUUUUAGUGUUACAAAUAAAAAAAUAAAUAAAAGUGCUGUGCUUUUGAAUCACAUUUUUCACUGUGUUAUGUGUUAUAAUUAUGACAAGUGUUUUGAAGAAAUCUAGAGGCACUAAAGGAAAAUCUGAAUCCAUGCAAGAGGAUCUGCCUUCGAGAUGGGGGGAGAUCUCCCGCGAAAAUCAGUCUCAGGAAGCCGCGAAAUUGAUAAAAUGUAUCGAUGAGAACAUCAUCGGGAAAGGGAAUUCUUUCUGUGGACCUUUUGGGAGGAGAAAAGUUGUGUACUGCGACUACAACGGGUCCGGCCGUGCCCUGCAGUGGAUAGAGGACUACAUAGCCCGCGAUGUCCUGCCCACACACGCCACACGAUGCACCGGACUGUCCUACACUUCGGGACAGAGCGAACUUUACAGAUCAGAAUCAAAAUCAAUAAUCAGACGGUUCGUGGGAGCUUGCCCUGAAGAUGUGACGGUGGUAGGAGCCAAUCUGGUGCGGUUCCUCAGGGCACUGCGGCCGGAGAACGUGGUACUCUUCGUGUCUUCAAGGGAGACGGAGAGACAGAUUGCACCAUGGAGGGAAUAUGACACUAAGGUCAUAAAAAUCCCAGAAACAAAAGAAGGCUACAUAGACCUGAACAACUUGGAACAGAGACUGCAGCAGUACAGCAGUACUGGGCAGAGAAUGAUUGGGUUCUUCCCAGCAGCCUCCAAGCUAACAGGAGUCUUAGCUGAUGAUGUGGCCACCACACUACUCCUGCACCAGUACGGAGCAUGGUCCUUUUGGGACUACACCCUGGUCGCUCCUUCGUCUGCUAUCGACAUGAACCCAACUUUCCCAGGAGUUGAUGAGGAGAUGGUCAAGAAAGAUGCUCUCUUCUUCGAUUGUGAGAAGUUCGUGGGAGGAGUCCAGGGUCCAAAUGUUGUGAUUGUGAAGAAGGAUGUGUUUGCUGAUACUCCGAUUUAUGCUGAUGAUGUUGAGGUAUUGAGUGAGAGGAUCGAAGAGUUGAAGUGUACUAAAGGGGUGAGGGCAUCGCUGGUGAUGCAGUUACGAGAUGCAGUCGGCCUUCAAACUAUUGUGGAGCGACAGGAUAAUAUAAGCAGACAAGUUCUUGCACACAUAAAGAACAUACCGGAGUUAAUAUUGCUGGGCAACGUGUCUCCAACAGUCAGAAGACUUCCAAUCUUCUCGCUGAUGGUGAAGCAUCCUCGAGGUACCUUCCUCCACCAUAACUUCAUCUGUGCAGUCCUCAACGAUGUCUUUGGAAUCCAAGCCAGAGGUGGGCUGUCCAGCAACCUGAACUACGGCUCCGAUGUCCUCGGAAUCGACAGCCAACUUCUAAAGGAAUACGAGAAACUUCUAGACGUUGAAGCUCAGAAGGAGGUCGCUCGGGUGCGCAAACUCAGUGAUGUAAAGGCACCCGAAGUCCCCAUUCACAAUGAACACCUGAGACCUGGAUUCUGCAGAGUUUCCCUGCCCUUCUUUAUGUCAGAUACUGAACUGGCCUUCGUAUUAGAGGCUUUGAAGAUGGUGGCCACAGAAGGUUGGAAGAUCUUACCUCAAUACGUUGUGAACCCUGAAACAGGACAGUGGAGACACCACACCUGUGCAGUACUUAGGGACAGAAAGUCAUUGCACUCACUGAGGUUCAAUGACGGUAAGAUGACCUCGCACGAAAGAAGAAUUUCUGGUCCAGGUAUUUUCCCACAAACAUAUACAGAGACUCUGCAAACCGCUAGAAAUCUGUUCAACAGAGCCAGGAAACUGGCCAUGAAGUGCUCAACAGCUGAGCCAGAAGUCACAUUCAACCCACGCAUAGACUAUCUCAGAUGGUUUAUGUUACCUAAAGAAGCCCACGACCUUCUUCUCGGUCGGUCGGGUAAUGUCAAACAUAUUGUGCCAUUUGACCCGUCAGGAUACACAGGAGCAAGAAAGAGCCUGAAUCUGACGAGGUCUUCCAUUACUUCUUCGCCCAUAUUGGGAUCGUCGCCAAGACAUUUCAGUCUCUCAGCCAUAGACGACUGCCAUAUAUUUAGACUGAAACAGAAAACAAAGUUCUACUCGAGAGAAUCAAGUCUACGGGAAAAUCAUAAAGAGGAAAGUGAAACACCUCCAGUGCAGUUUGCUGUUGGAGAAUCUGUGUCACCACUCCGCAUGAUACCACAGAACAGACAACCCCAGCUAGUCAGGUCAAGAUGCUACAGCUUAGGGUCAGACAGUCCACCAGCAGCACUCAGCGCACAAACAAAAUUAAACCUGGGCUUGAAAGAAACCAGCCCCAACAAUGUCAUAGAAAAAUCUAACUUCUGUAACUGCGGAAGUCAAACAGACCUCCAGUCCUUGGACGACCCCAUGAUCUCACCUGGCAAGGCGUUCUACAGCACACAGAGCAGCACAUCAGUAUCUGACUGCAGCCAAGUAGGACGAACGUCGCCGACCACUUCACUAAACUCACAGACCUCAGAAGAUAUCCAGGCUUAUGUCAAAGAAAUGACCAGAGAAAUAGCAACAGAAAUAAAGUCAGAAAUUCGCGAAGUCAUCUCCAAAGUAGAUGACAUUUUAGAGAAUUCUGAUUCGCUCGAACAGUCGAAUCUUAGUAUGAACUCAAUAUCUAGUCAGAGCGAUAAGAAUUCAGUAUCAGUCAUAGAUGUAGCUGAGUAUCUCAUGGGUAUGUCACGAGAAAUGGCUUCGGAAGUGAAACACGAAAUUCGUGAAAUGGUCAAUCAGGUUGAUGAGAUGAUAUCCCCGGACUAUACAGGGUCUUGUUCUCGAAAGAGUUCUCCGCCACAGACUGGUCGACAAAGAAUUGGUUCUGGCCCUGAGUUAGGACUGGACCUAAAAAAGGCGCCAGCCAGUUUGAGGAAAUGUCCCACUAGUCCGGUAUUGCCUCAGUAUGAUGAAGAUGAAGGUCGUUUCUGCAAGCGGUCUCCAAGUACAAGUUCUCCAAAGUCUGCACAAUGUACACCGUCACACGAAGCGUCAGGGCCUAACAGCAUAUCGUUCAAUUCGAGUGAGACAUCGACACCAGACACGAUCAUUCAAGUGGUAACGACACAGAACUCGCCGAUCCUCCCUAAAUCGCUGAGUUCACAAAAACUAUCGGAUGACGAAGCAAGUUGUACUGACGUCACAUGCAGACAUUGUUGUAUCAAGAAAAACUGGUGCCAAAACCCCUCAGUCAGUUCACAAGACAGUGGAAUUAACAUGACGUUCACAGAAACCGACUCAUUUCUAGAAUUCGAUUCGACAACCAAGACGAGAAAGUUCCAGGGCAGACUACGGAUAUGCCAGAAACACGAGAAGAGUGAAGUGCCAGACAUUAUAGAGGGCGUACCGGUGUGCUCUGGUGACCACGUCCGCCAGACCAAGAGGUACGACGCCACAGACUCCAGCAGAGUCGUGUUCGCUGAAGAUCCUGAAAGACAGAAUAGAGCCACGACGGCAGUGGACUCAAAGCGCUGCAGCCGCUCCUCCAACGCAUCCUCGAGCUGUUCUGAUAGAAGCUCUCGAUCCAGUGGAUACGGUACUGACCAGAGGACCCAUGAUGAACGGUUUUAUGAUAGGAGUGAGUCAGAGUGCCGUACAUUCAAGCCUCACUGGGAGGAGGAAAGGGAGGAACACGAGGACAGCAGUGCCUGCAGCGACGCGUCCCUCACAGACCUCACCUUAGACGACGACAGCAACUGGCACUGCCCUCCCAGAGCCGUUUGGAAACCCACUGUUGAGGCCAUCCACGAGUACAACAUGAUCAGGCCCGGAGACAAGGUGCUGGUGUGUCUGUCAGGAGGUAGCAGUUCCAUAGCGCUCCUACACACUAUGCACCACUACCAGCUCUACUGCAGGGCCAAGGGCAUACACUUCAGUAUUGGAGCUCUAUUCGUUCACGAAGCGAAGUCGCAAGUGGAUCCUUUGCACCUGAUGGCGUACUGCAGGACUCUUGGAGUCAAGUUCAUCUACGAAGACAAGUUUGAAGAGGAUGAACCAGAAAAUGUAAUUUGCAACAACCCUUGGAGCCUAGCAGCGGAGGCGACCCGUUGGUCGUGUCGUAGCACUCGUAAGCGCGCCAUUGCUACGGCGCUGGCGCACGGCUACGGCGUAGCAGCGCUCGCGCAGCACCUCGACCGCGCUGCUACGGCCUUCGUAGCAGCCGCUCUGCAUGCUGGAACAUUGAGGACUUUGAAGCCACAUUAUACUCUGCGUGACCACGACAUCCGAAUAAUCCGGCCGUUUAUCUACGUGCGCGGGCGCGCGCUGGCCGCGUUCUCCUGCGCGCGCUCACUGCCGGACUUCCGCCUCGCUCCCCACUCCCCCCACUCCCCGGACUCACCGCCCAACAGCCCCGCUCAUAGUGACGACAAUGGAGAUAAUGGUAAAGACAACAUUCUGGAUGAGACACUAACCGAAGCCUGCAGUUCAUCAAACAAGCAACUGGCGCAAGCAACAAGUGAGGAGAUACAGGACAAGAUCCUUGCAGCCUCACUCUCAGAGCCUCUGGAGAGUGCUCGGGACCUCCUCGCCUCUCAGGAGAGGAUGUACCCGUACCUCUUCACCAGCCUCAAGAGUGCGUUACGUCCUCUUUUUAAUGGCAGAGAUCUGAACAAAGAUCAGAAGGAGCAGCGUCAUAGGAAGAAGUCAGUCAUACAAAUGAGGAAUGGCGCACCAGUCUAUGACUCGGACGAGGACAGUGAGGAAGAACUGCUUCCGUAGGCGACUGCCACCUGCCACAGCUGUCUGCCACCCGUGCCAGGGUGCCAACUACUCUAAAGUGCCAGAUGCCAAACAUGCCAAGUAAAAUAGUAUGAUUUCAGCUACACGGUGUAAUAGAAAAUGAUUUGUUAUGCUUGUUAUUUUCAUGAUUGUAAUUCAAUGUACUCCAAUCUGUCUAAUUUUAUAGAUUUUCAACUUUACAAUUUUGUAAUAAUGUCGAAAAUUUAUUAACUUGUUGGAGUGCUUUGAUUAGCCAGUAUAUUUAAUUUUAUAUUACUCCGUGACCAAGAUGCAGCUGUAGGCAGGAUUUGGUAACUACAGAGUGUUUUCAAGCCUUCCGUGGCUGUCAAAUUAAGCUGGCAAAAAGCAACAUGGCGGCCUGUCAAAGGCAGGUGUCAUGUCUAUUUGUGUGUUGCCAGUUAAAAAAAGAUGUGUUCUGUGUAUGUAAGGAAGCUAGGGUGGAUGUAAUUCACCUCGGGAGAAUGCUAUAUAUUAUGCCAUUUGGCAAUUUUCUGGUAGUGUGUGUUAGAAGUCGGCUCGUGAUUUCUCAGUGAUUGUUUUACUUGUGAUCAACUAUGUUAUUGUAUGCGGUAGAAUGUUCGUGGCUCUAUAAAAUUCGUAAGCCUACGAUUUUUAAUAAUGAUAUUGGGACAAUUUUAAUAGAUGUUUGAUUAGCAUAGGCCUAAUUAUAUGGCCUGAUAGUUAUGAGACUUGUUGCUACAGAGCCACUGAGAUUCACCCGCAAUAUAUUCUAGUUUGUAACUUAGAGUGAGUGUAACAUUUGAUUUGACGUUACGAGUAGAUUCAGGGUUGCCAUGUUGAUAAUAUUUUGUUACUAAUAAAAUGGUACGUUUUUUUUAUUGAUGUAUAACUGUGGAAUUGAAAACAAAGUGCAUUUGUUAUAGUCUGUUAUUGUAAUUAAGAAAUAUAUUUUUCAAUGUUGUUGUAUGAAUCAAGAUUGUGUAUGGAGAUGAAAUAUUAAGUGUAUAACGCGGUCUAUUUAUUCGGUUGAUGAGAGUUCAAGAAAUAUAUCCAAGUGUUUAUUAUAUACCGAUUUUAUUUUAAGUAUAUGUUGAGUACCUAGGAAGGUACAUAUAACUAUUUUGUGUAACGUAGUUAUAAAGAUAUGAUGGUAGAUAUAUAAAAGAUUUAAUUAUACAAGUUUACAAAGUAGCGAGUACGAGAGCUGUUUGUACAAAACUUCGAAGUUGUUUGUUACGCUUUUUAUAAAGAUAUUAAUUUGCUUACCGCAAUAGUUUUGCAUGUAUUAUAUUAUAUAAACAAGUUUUUAACUACAUUUUUCUACGAGAGCGAAUGGUUAUUUUGUAGAGACAUCAACAAUCACUUUCCGUAUGGCAUUACCCUCCUUUUUGACGUAGUUGGGUAACAAGGAAUAUGGCUGCUGAUGUGAGACUGAAUUUCGAAUGUUGAGAACUCAUUUUUUUAGAUUUAUUUUUUUCUUUUAAGUUUUUAUUUUGUAAUGAUUAUUUUUUUGCGUCAUUAUGUAACUAUCUACUUAUUAUUGUCUACGUUUUAUAUUGCUCGUGUAUGCAAUUUUAGUGUUUAAGUGAAAUUCCUAAAGUUGGGAUGUAACUAGAAGUAAGUGUGAACUAUAAUAAUCUUGAAACAACAAGUCCCAUUAAUUGCUUCCAUGAUAUAAUUAUUGUAUUCAUAUACAUAUUGUCGUAUGAAAUAAAAAUAUGUUUUAAUGA